AACAUUAGAGCCAUCAUCGGACACCCAUGGAGGCCUCAAGUCUCCAAUUUCCAUUGGCAGUCCUCGCCGGCCUUCUGACAGCAACCUGGACUCCUUCAGCCGGCACUUUGAGAACAUCAUGGAGUCACACCGAGCCAAAGGUACCUCAUACAGCAGCCUGGACAGUGUGGACCUGCUGACCUCUGGAUCUACGUCUGUGUUCACGUUUGACCUGCCAACUCUGACCCCAGAGAUCCAGAGUCAGAUCUGUGAGAGCGCCAAGCAGAUCAUCGAGCUCAGUUUCGCCACGCUGGCCCAUUCAGAACCGUUGGCCCACUCAGCAACGUCUCGUUCUGAAAUCACCCUCAACACUCCUGGGUCCGGAGGCUUCAAGGACGACCCUAGCCCUUCGGUCCGGUCCAGGUUGGAGAAGGAGUCCUGGCAUCACUCUAUUCUGAAGGAGGGUUUCCGGAAGGCAACCUCAGUCCCGUCUCUCAGCAGCAACACCAG